GGCUGCCGUUACUCUUUAAAUUAGAACGAAGCGACUGUUUGAUAUCUGACUCCGUUGGAAUUAAUCUUUCAGGAAGUAUGGCUCUUGCUGUAGUCAGCCAAGAUUACUGGAGUGAGAUGGAAAGGUGUACGAUCAGAGAAAGAUGUAAGUUAAUGUUCAACAACGAGCUCUUGAGCGAUGUGAAGUUUGUUGUGCGAGACACUGAGGCCGGAAGUGAAAGCAUGAAGACGAUUCCAGCUCACAAGUUCGUGUUGGCGAUCAGCAGCCCAGUAUUUUACGCCAUGUUCUACGGUGAACUAGCAGAGACAAAAGACUCCAUCAACAUCUCUGACUGCGAAUAUCGAGGCGUAUUGGAGCUGUUCCGCUUUAUUUACAGCGAUGAAGUGCACUUGAAUGCGGACAAUGUUAUGCAAGUGUUGUAUUUGGCGAAGAAAUAUAUGUUUCUUUCUCUUGUUGACAAGUGCAUGGAACUUCUUGGAGAGAAUGUGGAUGCAUCAAACGUGUUUCAUGUCCUGCAGGUAGCACAGAAAUAUGAAGCGAAAGAACUGGUGGAAAAAUGCUGGAAAGUGAUUGAUGAACAUGGAGACGAAGCUGUGAAAGCGGCUGCUUUCGCAACAGUCGAGAAAUCUUUGUUGGAGGAACUAGUGGAGAGAGACUCUUUGAAAGUUACAGAAGUGGAGUUAUUUAAAGCUGUGGACUGCUGGGCUGGACAUGAAUGUGAAAAGAAAAAUCUGGCACUAGAAGGGUCCGUGAAGAGAAGAGUCCUUGGAGAAAGGAUUGUUGGAAAUAUUCGUUUCCCGGUCAUGGAAGAGAAAGAGUUCGUCGAGGUUGUUCUUGACUGCGAGAUAUUGACACCUAAAGAAGCUUACAACAUGAUGAAGUACUUUAAUGGCGUGCUUCCUAAUCUAGUUGGAUUUCUUGAAAGUAAAAGAAGUGGGCCACAACGGGGGUGGUUGGACUCUUUCAAAAAUUAUUUCAAGCCAGGCGUUUUCGUAAACUACAUCCCUAAUAAAAUUACAUGUACUCUUUCGGUUAACAAGACCAUAGAACUUCAGGCCGUUCGACUAUUUGGUAGUGAGGACAAAGAAUAUGAUGUAGAACUAAUACUCUGUGAUAAUUACGGUUUGAAUGUGGCCACUGUGAGGGGCACUUUUUCAUCUAUACCUAUGGAAAGCGACAUGGGAAACUAUCACGGCUUUGACGUAAUAUUUGAGCCUGCACCUACUGUGCGAGCAAAUAAAAGUUACACCUUCACGGCUGAUUUUAAGGGUUCAGCAUCCUGUUAUGGAAAAGGUAAAAAGUUUGACAAAGAACGUACUCGCCGUACUUCCUCAUUUCGAAAAUCCACUAAUAUUUUUAGACGAGAUCGUAGUGAUGUUGCUGAAAGGCAAUUUGCUGAGUUUGCGUAUAAAUUAAAGUAAAUUGCAGACGUUGCAUUGUGUGUAAGCUUGUACUUUGUAUUAUCAUAUAAAUCAGAUCCGAGAAAACAUGAUGUGCAUGAGCAGAGUUAAAAAAGGACUAUGAAUUGUGUGGGAUGUCAUCUUGAUACCCCAACCGUGAUUACCUUGUAAGGGAGCAAAAAAGUGAGAGUAAAGUUGAAAUUCGUUGCUUUA